AUGCGCGAAGUAAUUUCGAUACACGUUGGGCAAGCGGGCGUGCAAAUUGGCAAUGCAUGCUGGGAGUUGUUUUGUCUGGAGCACGGCAUUCAACCGGAUGGAUGCAUGCCGUCCGAUAAACAAACUGUGGUGGACGACUCGAUGUCCACCUUUUUUUCGGAGACGGAAUCUGGUAAACAUGUCCCUCGAGCAGUAUUGGUGGAUCUGGAGCCAACCGUUAUAGAUGAAAUCAAAACUGGCAAAUAUAGGAUGCUUUUUCAUCCGGAACAAAUGGUAAGCGGCAAAGAAGACGCCGCGAACAACUAUGCUCGUGGACACUAUACGAUCGGGAAAGAGUUCAUUGAUUUGGUGCUGGAGCGUACCCGGCGAUUGGCGGAGAAUUGCAAAGGCCUUCAGGGAUUUCUAAUUUUCCAUUCGUUCGGUGGUGGCACUGGCUCGGGUUUUACAUCGCUGCUGGUUGUGUCAUCAAUAACCGCUUCGCUUCGAUUUGACGGUGCUCUGAACGUGGAUUUGAUUGAAUUCCAAACAAAUUUGGUGCCCUUUCCACGUGUACACUUUCCUUUGGCAACAUACGCACCGCUCAUUUCGGCUGACAAAGCCUACCACGAAUCGCUGUCGGUUGCAGACAUUACGAAUGCAUGUUUCGAGCCAACAAAUCAGAUGGUCAAGUGUGAUCCUCGACAUGGCAAGUAUAUGGCAGUUUGUCUGCUUUAUCGUGGUGAUGUAGUGCCAAAGGAUGUCAAUGCUGUUAUUGCCACUAUCAAAACGAAGCGCAUAAUCCAGUUUGUGGACUGGUGUCCAACUGGUUUCAAGGUUGGAAUAAAUUAUCAGCCGCCAACAGUUAUCCCUGAAGGUGAUUUGGCGAAAGUGCCACGUGCCGUCUGUAUGUUGGCGAAUACGACAGCAAUUGAGGAAGCAUGGGCACGCCUGGACUACAAAUUUGACCUGAUGUUUGCAAAGAGAGCUUUCGUACAUUGGUACGUUGGUGAAGGCAUGGAGGAAGGCGAGUUCUCGGAAGCGCGAGAAGAUCUGGCCGCUCUCGAAAAGGACUACGAGGAGGUAGUGUUUUAG